CUAAUCUUCUGCCCCACCCUGCAUUUUAGCAGAGUCAUUUUGUUUACUACAAUGCCAUCAACACUAUCCUCUUUCCUCCAUAUGGUUCCUUUCUUAUCUAUUCUAGUACUCUCACUCAUGAUUUGUUCUAGUGCUCAGGGUCCACCUUCUCCUGGCUAUUACCUCAGUUCCAAAAUUAGUUCUGUUAACUUUGAUCAAGGGUUUAGAAACCUUUGGGGAGCUCAGCAUCAGAAACUAGACCAAGAUUCAUUAACAAUCUGGCUUGACUCUAACUCAGGGAGUGGAUUCAAGUCACUUCACUCUUAUCAAUCUGGAUACUUUGGUGCUGCAAUUAAGCUUCAACCUGGUUAUACUGCAGGAGUCAUUACAUCUAUCUAUCUUUCAAACAACCAAGACCACCCGGGAAACCAUGAUGAAAUUGACAUUGAGUUCCUUGGUACCACGCCAGAUAAGCCAUAUGUCUUGCAGACAAAUGUAUACAUAAGAGGAAGUGGAGACGGGAAUCUUAUAGGAAGAGAGAUGAAGUUUCAUCUUUGGUUCGACCCAACACAAGAUUUUCACAACUAUGCUAUUCUAUGGAAACCCAGUGAGAUAAUAUUUUUUGUGGAUGAUGUCCCCGUAAGGAGGUAUCCUAGGAAGAGUGAUGCUACAUACCCUACAAGACCAAUGUAUGUGUACGGAUCAAUAUGGGAUGCAUCUUCAUGGGCAACAGAGGAUGGAAAAUACAAAGCUGAUUAUAAAUACCAACCCUUCAUUGGUAGGUACAGAAACUUCAAACUUCAAGGUUGCACCACUGAAAGCCCUGCAUGGUGCCAGCCACCCUCUACCUCAUCAUACAGCCAUGGCAGCCUGAGCCCUCAGCAGUAUGGGGCCAUGCAAUGGGUCCAAAACAAUUACUUGGUCUACAAUUAUUGCCGUGACCCUAGGAGAGACCACACAGUUACCCCAGAGUGUUAAGGGUAUGGUUCAAUUCCAAGUUACAUUUUUUUUACACUUAUGUAUUUUAGUUAUUCAAGGGGUGGUUUUUGUGAUGGUCCCGCUAGCUAAGUGUAAUUGCAAGAGCAGUUGAGAACGUCCAAGCCCCCCCAAUGAUUGGAAUGUUUUUCUUGUUGGUGUAUUUGUAUUGUACUAUUGCUUGGGUCCUAUAUGUUCUUGUUGAAAUAAACUGAUUG